AUGAAAGUCCCAUACGCAGCCAGUCUCCUUCUGGGAGCUGUCUCUGUUGGCGCUCACAAACCCGCCGGGUACUCCUACGAGUCAACUCAGGCCGACCGCGCUGACAUGAAUGGCGUCGUCACUGGUGCUAUUCAAUGGCAGUCACCGCCCGUCAACUCGACUCUGUUGAAUGUCAAGCAAUUCCGCACCACUUGCACUGGUGAGAAAUGGGGCCACAACUGUGAACACGCGGUUGAUGGCAAGAGUGAGACGUACUGGGAGAGCGACAACGUUGGUCAUGGGGUGCCGUGGAUCUCGAUUGAUCUGAAAACGUUCCACAAUGUCAGCGGUCUGACCAUGCUACCUCGGUUGGAAGAAGAUGCCACUGGUCUGAUUCAAUCCCACCGUAUCUACCUCAGCAAGGAUGCGCGAGACUGGGGUGAACCAGUGGCCUACGGAAAAUGGGCUGACAACAGAGCCAUGAAGCUGGCUGCUUUCAACCCCACCACUGCGCGCUAUGUCAAGCUCGUUGCUGAUACUCCUGCUCUUCCCGAUGCGCCUGGCUGGUAUGAGCCUAUUUCGAUUGUCAACCUUGGUAUCUACGCUGCCGAUUAUGUUCUCCCCACCGUGCCCGGCAAGGGUGUCUGGGGCCCCACUCUCGAUUUACCCGUCAUCCCCGUCAGUUCCGCCCAGGAGCAGAACGGUCAUAUCAUGCUCUGGUCCGCCUGGGCCGAUGACCAGUUCUUUGCUUCCCCUGGUGGCAAGACACUCACCACCACAUGGAACCCCAAAACCCAGGAAAUCACGCAAAGCGUGGUUGAGGAAACCCACCAUGACAUGUUCUGCCCCGGCAUGGCCAUGGACUUUAAUGGAAGUAUCGUCGUCAGCGGCGGUGGUGACGCUGCUAGAACCAGUAUUUACAACGGACGGAACUGGGAGUCGGGCCCUGACAUGCGCCAGCCUCGAGGGUACCAUGCAACAACUACUCUAUCCGACGGCCGAAUCUUCGCGAUCGGUGGCUCUUGGAGUGGUGGCAACAAGGUGGAAAAGAAUGGCGAAGUGUACAACCCCAUCAAGAGGAAGUGGUACACCCGCUCCGGAACAAAGGUUGACGCCAUGUUGACCAAUGACCGACUGGGUCGCUGGCGCGCCGAUAACCACGCCUGGCUGUUUGGUUGGAAGGAUGCCACUGCCUUCCAGGCUGGUCCCAGUGUAAAGAUGAACUGGUACACUGUUGAGGGCAGCGGAACUACCACUUCCGCUGGAAGACGAAUGGAUGAUGGAGACUCCAUGUCGGGCAGCGCUGUCAUGUUUGACGCUGUUAAGGGCAAGAUUCUCACUUUCGGAGGUCAGCCCUCUUACGAUGGCUCUUACGGGUCCAAGAACGCCCAUAUCAUUACACUGGGUGCUCCACUUCAAGAGCCUCUCGUCGAGGUCGCCGGCAAAGGUUCUGUCUACCACACCUCUGUUGUUCUGCCCGACGGCAAGGUCUUUACUGCUGGUGGCCAGGUCUUUGGCGAGGCCUUCAACGAGAAGACGGUCCAGUUCUACCCAGAAAUUUACAACCCCGAGACUGAUACCUUCGAAGUCAUGAACGGUCAAAACACUAUCCGUGUUUACCACAGCAUCUCUAUGCUGCUCCCUGAUGCGACUGUUCUGAACGGUGGCGGCGGUCUCUGCGGAAACUGCACCGCGAACCACUACGAUGCCCAGAUCUUCACUCCUCCCUACCUCCUGACUCCCUCUGGAGAACGGCGUGAACGCCCCACCAUCCUGCGCGCUGAUAAGCGAGCUAUCCUGGGCGGUGUCUUGGAAUUUGCGACCGACAAGCACAUUGCUUCUGCAUCUCUCGUUCGCCAGGGAACCACUACCCACACUGUUAACACUGACCAGCGCCGUGUCCCGAUCGAGGUGAACGGCCAUGACGACAAUGUUUUCACUUCCAACCUCCCAGGUGACGGUGGUGUCAUGCUUCCUGGCUACUACAUGCUUUUCGUUAUGGAUGCUGAGGGAACACCUAGUGAGGCGAGCCUGGUCAAGGUGGAACUCCCUGAAUAUGCAACCAUCCAGCUCGAGGAAAAUCUGGAGCACGAUGGUGAUGACGGCAUUUACGGUGGCGUUGAAGACCACAGUGCCCACGAAGGAUGCGAUGAAGAGAAGAUGACAAGCAUGUUGUCUGCUAUCCUCUCCUCGCCUGGCCGAGCCUGGAAGGCGUGGAGACCUUCGCUUGUCCUGCAGGGCAACUAA